AUGAGGCCACCCGUGCCUGACCUCACAGUACCGCGAUCGCGCAAAGCCUCGCUUGAACAGCAGUGGACCGAUCCCCGCAGUGCCGCCCCCGCUACCUUCUUCCUGGCCCGCAGCAAUCACCAUACCGAUACCGAUACUGAUGUAGGGAUAUUCCCGGACAAGAGUGAAGGCCCCACGGAGAGUUUGUAUGGGGUACGAAGUCUCGAGGAAGUCGUUGAUCCGGGCUUUUUCCCUUCGGAUCUGUCUUCAAAUCGCCAAGUUGACUUGGAGGAAUCCGUCGCCCGCCUUCAACCUUUGUUCCAAGAUGAAGAAGAGGAUUGUGAGGCCCGCAAGACAAUCCGUCGCAGGUCAACCUUGAAGCCUUCAGAUAUGCUUUCUACUAGCUCAAUGAACCCUCCUCGACCCUCUCUUGAAGAACUAUCCUCGCGACCCCUGACUCCUUCGACUUUCGAGAACUCGGAUGACCAUCCCUCCCUACCAAGUAGUCCCCGAUCUGUUUCUAUCAAUUCUAUGCGCCAACUUGAUGACAUCUCUAUCACUGAUGACCUAAGCAGUCAGGCUGUGGCUUCAGGUGGUGAGGAGGAUGACUAUCGCUCCACGCAUAACCCUGUUUCCGACAACACUUCUCAACUAAUCAUGCCAAGCAUCAGGAUGCCUAGUCGGAAACCCUUCACAGAUCGCGGGAAAGCUCUAGGUCGAUUGAAGGUUUUGGUCGCCGGUGCACCGGGCUCGGGAAAGUCGUCCCUUAUUCGGUCUAUAGUUCAAGCCUGUGACGAUAUCGUCCAUAUGGACGAUUAUCCCUCUGCCUCUCCUGCCGGAUUAUUGCGGCCUUCUCUUACAUCUUUGCAAACAAUAUAUGCCUGCAAAUCACCACAAGUGGCCCUUGUGGAGAUAUACGCUAGUACCAAACCCUAUCCGUCCUGGUGGUCGGACCUGGAAGAUUCACGUGUAUUACGACGGAGAAAAAGCACAGGUGAUCUCAUUCUGGAGCGCAACAUCUGCUUUGUGGACACGCCAGCUACGUGUAUGGGUCGCUUGGAACAGACGGACUCGAUCAUACACUAUGUUCGUCAGCAACUUUCUCGAGCAACCACCGCCGUUGAUGCCAUGAAUCAUGAUUUCCAGAACUUACUCGCUGGCAACGGUGGAACUCAAGUGGACGCUGUACUUUACCUUAUCUCCGAAGCAACGCUUCUCGCGGACAUGGAGUGCAUUCGGAGGCUCUGUGAUUGGACCAAUGUCAUUCCUCUCAUCGCCAAAGCGGAUCUAUUAAGUGACGAGAAAAUCCAUGCUUUAAAGUGCUCAUUUCAUGAGCAUGCUCAGGAGCUGUCCGUCAAACCUUUUCUUCUCAGCAACCCCAGCACGGACACGGAAAAUUUCAGUGAUAACCUACCCUUUGCAAUCUCUUCUGCGAAGGCCAGUAACGACGAGGUGAUGGAUGCCAGCAUUCUUAUGAGCCCAGACUACGUCCAACCCCUGGUAUCCUCGGAACUCAUGUUGCUUGUUAACCGAAUGUUUGACGGGGAGAAUGUUGCCUGGAUGCGACAUUCAGCUGCAAAGAAGUUGGCUCUUCAACAGCAGGAACAAUCUUUGCAGCAGCAGCAGCAGCAACAACAACAACAACAACAACAACAACAACCACAACAACAACACCAGGAUUACCUCUCUCUGAACGCCCAUGCGCUCGCUCACAGUGCUCCCCACGGCUCACCCAGUUAUACUAUGGCUCGGCUCGUCGACCACACUCGCCAGGAGGAGCGCUUGGCUCAUGUGCAGCUGGCCAAGUGGGCCUCAGAUCUACAGCAAAGCCUGCAGAACGAACGAGAGCGAUAUGCCGCGAUGGCCCAAGGCGAACGUGCCAUCUGGCUCACAGAGCGUAUUGAGGAGUGUGUCGUCGAGGGUUCAUUGAUCCCAAUGACACAAAUCCCAGUCUUCUGCGGCUUCCGUAGGUCUCCUGAGAAAACUAGUGGCAGCGGUGUUGUCCUGCGCACAGCCAACGGACAUGGCGUGGUGCAUCAGGUUGCUCACCUCUGCCCCCAGGACCCGCUCGGCCUCGUCCGCUGGUCGGAGUGCUUUAGGCGACGCGGCUGGACUGUCAUCCAGAUCAUGGGAAGUUUCGGCGUAGUCGGCGGACUUGCACUUUGUCUAGCUAAGAUUUGGGGGUUCCCUUCGCGCAACCUGUGCGAAUGGCAUCUGGAGUGGUAUAAUACCAGCAACUAG